AUGACCCAAUGUCGUGAAGGCACUUUUGCCGUGGUAAAAGUGGAUAUCACGGUGGGAAAGAGCCCGCGAGACAAAACCACAGAAGCGGUAUAAUAUGUGGUUGGCGGUUGGUAGAAUUGUAGGAUAGGUAUUAAAAUCCUAGGAAUGCGAGAUCGGUGGACAAUGGUGUUUAAGGUCGGGAGCUAUAGAGUAAUGCAUACACAGUGACGUUGGCGAAAACUCUAUAAGAGUUAUAGGCACAGAGGUCACUGAUGACCUAAGCGAUUACCAUAAUAUAUACCAACAGUAUACGUUAAGGGUUUUUUUCCUCAUGUCCCAGUAACACUUAAAAAUAUAAAUGCAGAAUAAACAGAGUGUAAAAAAUAAAUGUAUCAUCGUAGUAUUGUCCGGUGUAUUUUUUUACCGGAUGUUUGUUUUAAAACUUACACCGAGUGCUCAGAACACCAGCAAAUCGCAUGGGGUGUGCCGCUAGUGCGAACGACUAUGAAAAACUGAAAUUUAUUUUUUUAUGUUUUUUUUUUACUAGACCUUACGAGCUAUUUGGACUCUGCCAAAAUGCUUGUUCCCAUUCCGUUCCAAUUUUUUCUGCAAAUUCCACAACGAUGCCCCUUUAAUCUCCUUCACGGUAUUCUCAUUGGACUUUUUUCUAAGCUAUUUUUUUAGAAACGGUCGAGUUUGCACGAGUCAAUUCUAAUACUCGACUUGACAAAAAAAAAAAAAAAAAAAAAAACGAAAAAACUAGGUAUUAUAAAUAUCUUCAAACCCAAAUAUUUACGGUGAAAAUGCCGGUGUUUGAUGGUUUGAAUUUACAAAAUUAAAAUAUAAUACUAAAUUAUUACAUUAUCGACAUUAACGAUUACUGAGAGAAAUGUUUAGCAAUUGACCGAAUUUUGUUUGUUACUCGUAAACUCGACUGUUGAACUCCACUCGAGACCGUAACAUAGAAAUCGACUUCGCGCGACUCUACUAAUAUUUAUUUCCAUGAAUUGGAAUAAAUUCUCUCAUUCCGGUAUAAUAUUAUACGCCAUGAAAUCAGGUAAAUUAUAAUAAUGCUCGGUCGUCAUUCCUUCGACGUAGGUGUAAUAUUAAAAAAAAAAAAAAAAAAAAAGUCGAAUAUAGUUUAAUAGAAACACUAUUUUACAUACAGAAAACUGUAUAUGCGUAUUUUUAAAUUAUUUUAUUAUUUCGUAUUUCGUUUCAUUUUUUUCCCUUUUUUUUUUUUUUUUUUUUUUUAUUCAUAACGGAAUCGAAUGGUAUUAUUAUUAAAUAUUAACGCAGUCAACCGCGGUAUUCGAUUGCGAUAUAGGACGUAUUAUAAUGUUAUAAUAUUAUCGGUACAUUCAGGAAGGAAACCGAUUAAAACGUACAGGCAUUUUCGAUUCGAAUACCCACAAUCGGUAUUUUGCUAUUGCGACAAUAAUACACCAUAGGUAUAGCCCGUACCUAUAUUAAACCAAUUCGGUUUAUAUCCGAUUUGCAUGAUUGAAAUCGUCGUGUCUGAGUGCGUGUGCGCGCGCCGCGCUCACAACUCGACUCUCAAGGACCGCCUUUGUGACAAUAUAAUAUUAUAAUAUAUUAUAUUAGUAGGUCAAAAAUCACGUAAGCGUCUAUAAAAAUAGAUUGGUUUUGUUGAACAAUACGCUCUGAUGUUUUGUUUUGUUUUUUUCGGAUUUUUUUUUUUUCACUCCGUUGUUCAAUCACGACAGACGAUAUUGUUUAACGCGCCGAAAUCGUUUACAAUAUUUACAUAUGUAAUAUUAUUGUUAUUAUACACACACACACGUGCUCGCGAGGUGUACGAUUUAAUGUUAAGGCGCCGAAACUGAGGCAAAAAAAAAACCCAGCAGAGUCUCGCGUGCACUAUUGAAAAUUAGCACAAGGUCCGCCGACGCGACCGACCACGGAUUAUUAGUAAUAUCUUUGAUAACCAAACACACAUUAUACAUUGACGUUAUUAUUAUUAUUUUUUUUUGACAUUAUUAUAUUAUGUUAUCGUUCUUGUACGUAUUUUUUUUAUUUUUUUUUUUUUUUUUUUUUUAUAUUUACGCGGCCGGCACGCGUAAUUGACAAUAUAUACUCGUAUUAUAACGCCCGUAUAUAUAUAUAUAUAACAUAAUAUAAUAUCAUUAUUAUUCGGAGCGGGAUAAAUUAUUAUUGUUUUAUAGAAGGAACCGCGAAAAUUCAUCGGGGGACCGUGGGACGGCGAUGACGGCGAUGACGGCGAUGAUAACAUUAAGAAAGUAAUGUAUUACGUGAUUGGGCCCCGGUCCGAAACAGCUCUGGUUAACUAA